UACCCCAGCACCCAGUCGGCAGGACAGCUAAUUUUCCCCUCCCUUCCCGAUCCAGCUGUUCCAGUUCUUUCUUGGGCUGCCCAGCCUGCCGCCGCCCACAGCCUCCCCUCGGUCUUACCCCCCCUUCCUGACCCGACCGCUCUCCCUUUAAUACCCCGAUUUUCACCUGGCCUUUCCCUUAUGAGUUCUUUGAACUCUCGCCUGAAAGGCUUUGGUUUCAAACGGAAAUCGAGCGCCGCGAGCCAGCCCCAGGGGACUGCCAGUCCCAACCCCAGUCUUCUGCAGAGCCCGACCCCGCCCCCGGGUCCUCCUCAAAUACCGCCCUUGUUCCCCUCGCGCCCGGGUCUCGUCCCGUCGAGUGCAUCCGACCCGUCUCUGACGAGCCUCCAAAUGAAUCAUCCAGGUGCUGGUCCGCGACCGCCUAGCUACUCAGCAAACUACCCGCCUGGCCCUCCUGGCCCCAUCGGCCGCACCAGCCCGCUCGCAAACCAAGGUCCAACCCGUACCCCACCGUCGCAAAUGAUUGGAGGUCCUCCCCCCAUCAACACCGGGGCCCCUCCGGUCGCCGGGUAUCCACCCCCCGUCAUGGGAGGCGGCCCUCCGCCGGUCCCUGGCGGUCCUCCGGGAUAUGCUGGCCCUACUGGCUACCCGCCGCCGGCGCCGCCGCAACAACCCCUCGCUCCUUACGGCCGCAAUACCGCCGCCGAGGUUGAGGGUAACAGCCGGAGCAAGGCCCAGUUGAUUGUCGGCAUUGAUUUUGGUACCACCUUCUCCGGCGUUGCCUUUGCCUUCGCGACAAACAACGAAGCCAAGGAAGACAUUAUUACCGAGUGGCCCGGUGCCGGCUCAUACACAAAGCAAAAGAUCCCGACCGUGCUCUACUAUGACCAAUACCAGAAAGUCGUUGGCUGGGGCCCCGAUAUUGCCGAUGCCCUCGCCCCGACUGGCUACCCCAAGCCGGGUGUGCAAAAGGUGGAAUGGUUCAAGCUCCAGUUGAUGCUGUCGGGCAACACUUACAUCGAUCCCAUCAACCUCCCACCCCUCCCGCCCGGCAAGUCGGAGAUUGACGUGGCGGCCGACUACCUCUUCAAGCUGCGCCAGGCGAUGCGGGCGGCUCUCCAGAAGACGCUAGGCGAGGUUUUCAACCGAGAGGAGAGGAAUAUCCGAUACUACCUGACUGUGCCGGCCAUUUGGAACGAUGCUGGCAAGGCCGCCACCAGAGCCGCUGCCAUCCAAGCCGGUUUCCUCCGCGACGAGAACGACAACCGCCUGACGCUAGUCAGCGAGCCCGAAGCCGCCGCCCUUUUCUGUUCCAAGACCGGUCUCCUGAACCUGAAGGUGCACGAUGCCGUGCUCAUCGUUGAUUGCGGUGGUGGUACAGUCGAUUUGAUCGCAUACGAAGUCGAGGACGAGAACCCUUUCACCGUCGCCGAAUGCACAGCUGGUUCCGGUGACUCGUGCGGUUCGACUGCUCUGAACCGGAACUUCAGCAACAUCCUGCGGACCAAGAUCCGGAAGAUGAAGUUGCCCGACGGCUCCAAGACGGCCGGUCGUGUGUAUGCCAAGUGCAUCAUGGACUUCGAGAACCGGAUCAAGGCCGACUUCCGGAAUAACGGUCAGAAGUGGGCUGUGGAUGUUGGUAUCGAGGCCGAGUUCCCCGAGGCCGGGAUUGAAGAAGGAUACAUGACCUUCACGAACGAGGAGAUCCUGCAGUGCUUCGAGCCCGUCGUCAACCGUAUCCUGGAGCUCGUCCGGAACCAGAUCAUCGCGAUCCAGGCACAGAACCGGACCCUCCAAAACAUCCUCGUCGUCGGCGGUUUCGGCGCAUCAGAAUACCUCUUCCAGCAAAUUAAGCUUCACGUCCCGCCGCAGUUCCAGUCCAAGGUCGUACGUCCUAUGGACUCGGUCGCUGCCAUUGUCAAGGGUGCCGUCACUGCCGGCAUUACCGAGAGAGUCAUCACGCACCGUGUCGCUCGUCGCCACUACCUCAUGGCCACGCUGCAACCCUUCAAGGAGGGCUACCACCCCGAGGCGUACCGCGUUCCCUCGCUCGACGGCAAGGACCGGUGCAAGUUCACUCGCCAGAUUUUCGUCCAGAAGGGGCAAAAGGUCAAGAUCGGUGAACCGGUCAAGGUCUCCUUUUUCCGGCAGGUCGCCCCCGGUGCCACCCUCAUGUACGAGGAUAUUCUGUACGCUUGCGACGACGACGUUUGCCCAGAGUACACCAAGGAUCCGAGAAUCAAGGAAGUUGUCACGCUCACAUCAGACCUCUCGCGCAAGAACCUCGAGAAGGACUUUGAGCGGAUGGACACGCCCCAAGGCACGUUCUACCGUGUAUACUUCGAUAUUUAUCUCACGCUGGAUGGUUCCGAGUUCAGCGCCGAGCUCGUCUGCCAGGGCGAGGUUAUGGGCCGGUGCAGGGCGCGGUUCAGGUAAACAUGCAGGCGGGCGCGUCGGACGGGAGUUACUGCUUUUUAUUUCGCACCGCAUCGGAUCUCCACAGUGAUACCUCUUGAAGUAAAAUGGGCGUGUUUCGCAUAGCAGGAAAUGUGCGGCUCAUACAUAUAGCGCCAUGCCGAGU